AUGCAGCAUUCGCCCAGUCCAUUGACGUGCGACCAACCUUCGACUAGUUACCAGACUGACGGUCCAGUCGAGCUUGAAGAAGAGCCGACUUCGGAGAAUUUGCGAAGAAUACUUGAUCAAGUACAGUCGACGAUGCAGAUGCGAGAUACAGCUCCACCCUUCGAGGAGAAUCACACCUCAUCCGGGGCGACGUCCCCAAAUCCCGAUGCGAUUCUGGCGGGUCGAAUCUUAGGCCCGCAUCGAGUGAAACAUUACGAGGAAGCUAAUGAUGCCACGAUCACGGUUGAUGAUGGAAGCGGAAAGCAGUUGCACCUGGAAAUAUUGUCCGACGAUCCAGUUUUGCAUGAUUUGAAGUCAACGACUAUCUUGGCUGAGGCUAACGCGCUUCUUUAUGUACACGAAAAUAUCCUCUGGCUGAUGACGGUGCGGCCAAUCUCGCCGGGACAACCGAUCACCGGGCUGUUGAUCAAGUCUGGAAAGGACAAGGAAGAGCUCGGGGGAGAAGAUGAGGGCAGCAACGCAGGCCCGAGCACCUAUGGCAGUCAUCCCUGUGAAGAUUGUGGUGUCUCUUUUAAAUCACAAGAAAACCUCACGGCGCACCGACUGCAUUAUUGCAAAGCCAGAUUAACGAAUGCGAAUCGACCUUUAAAUGGGAUAGGGAAUGGCCCACAACAGCUCGGACGAAUUCCGCUGACGAUCCCGCUACCCGGUGGCCUACACGUGCCACUCUCCUCUGCUUCAACGUCCGUCCCGCCACUCCCAACGAACCGUCCCUUUUUCCUCGGCUACCCUCCAAAACUCGCAAACUUGAAUGCCGCGCCCCCAUCAAACAUCAUCUUCCUUCCGGUGGCUUUUCUCGAUACCGAGGACGAGAAUGCAGUACAAUUAUGUGGUCCUCCCCAGACCAUCAUUCCGGUGGCGGUAGGUCGUGGUUCACUCCCGGAUACGCUCAGCGCCUAUGGGAUGCCCAGAAUCCUCGUUAAUUCAGACCUCAAUUCGUCAGAGACAAACUUUUCUACGGGAGAUAUCAACUUGUCGAUACCGUUAGUGCAGCUCGACCGAUCGACG